AUGCCGCGAGCGAAGCGAACGCGCAAACAACCGCUGGUCUCCAGUGCUACCCCGACCUUGUCCCAUAAAGCCACGCAAGCCACCAUCUCAAGGUUUCAUACACUGCUGAAGCGAAAAACUGCACUCGAAAGGAAAGUCGGCAAUGGAGCCACAACUUCUGUACAACACGAGCUUGACAAGGUCAACUCUGAAAUAGAAACUCUAGGCGGACUUGGGGCGUACCAGCACGCAAGUACCCUUGGACAAUCAUCUCAACGCGGGGGCGAUUCGUCCAAGGUGCUUAUCAAAUGGCUGAAAGAGCUGCAAGUUUCUAUACCCGUCAACUAUUCCAAGUGGAUUCUGAACACCCCCAUCGACUUGCGAUCCAAUCAUCCUGACAUUCUGGAGCAAGACUUCCUACUGCGGCCCCUUCCGAAGAACGAGACGGACAGGUUUGACGUGAUCAGUUGCAGUUUGGUGAUCAACUUUGUACCAGACAUCCGAGACAGAGUCACAGCUAUUGGUUUUCGUAUGGUGAAGCAGCACUGGAGGGAAGGGGGUAAAGUGGCCUAUUGGCUUUUCCAAUGGGCUCCAACACCGGCGCCAGAGACUCUCAAGCGCUGGUCAUCGAAGAAGCUGAUCAACGAUGGCCCAGGUCGCAACAACUUUAGCAUCGUCGUUCCCACAGUGGCUUGA